AUGGAACCAAUAUCAAUAGAAUCAACGUCAACAGAAUCAACAUCAAUGGAACCAAUACCAACUGAACCAAAACGAAUUGAACCAACAACAUGUGAAAAACCAACAGCAUUUCAACAACAAUCAAAUCGCAAACGCAAAGCAGAAGAAAAACAUGAUUAUGAGCAACUGUCUCUGGAGAUUGAUGCAUCGAAACAAAAAAUAACGAGAAAUCUCCGACCAAAACGACACAGACAAUAA